UCUUAUAAAAAAUUGAUAAGACAAUGCAACUUUAUAAAAUAGCGAUCGUCUAACAAUUAAAUUCAGUUACUCAUUAUUCUUUCAGUUGUCAAUAUUUAAAUAAUUAGUCAAUAAAUUUAUCUUUUUUCUUUCCUAUUGUUUUUUUGUUCAAAAUGCAACAUCGUUUGACGUUAGCUGCUGUGAUACUAACAAUUAAAUUGUUUAGUGCAUAUGCUGAUAAUGCUGAUGGAAUCCCGACAGAAUGUCCGCAAGUGGAUCCAAUGAAUACAACAAUCCAUCUUGCCCAUGAGUUUGACUGUUCAAAAUUUUAUGCUUGCUCUAAUGGCCGAAAAAUUUUGAUGAUGUGUCCUUUGAUGGACGGUAAUGGUAAUAAGUUACAUUUUAAUCCAAAGUUACAAGUCUGCGAUUGGCCAAAUCAUGCGGGAUGUAACGUAUCUACUAGUACAACUACGCUGGUGACUGAAUCUACAAUAAACUUGAAUACUGAUAAUUCAACUGAAUCGAUUGAAACAACCGUUAGUUUAUCAACAGAAUCGACGGAAGCUGGUAACUCUUCAAAAAUAACAGAAACUACAACGGAAUCAUCUUGGAGUUCUAGCGAACAAUCAACGGUAGCUAGUUCUACUGAAGGAAAUAUAAUUUCAUCAAGUACAUCAACAGACUCUACACCUCAAAAUACCGAUAGACCUUCCGAGUCUAUGCCAAUAACAACAGAAGAAUCAACAGUAUCAAGUACUACUGUUACGAUAGCUCAAACAACAGUUCCAUCACAAUCUACCGCGCAUAUAACGAAUAAGCCUCCAGUGCCUAGUUCUACUGUUACAGAAGCUGAAACAUCAGUAACGCCACAAUCAACUACUCAUAUAUCUGAACCCACCUCAGAAAGUACGACUAGUCCUUCGGAAUCAACACCUGUGACAACAAGUAAACCUUCAGUGCCUAGUUUUACUGUUACAGAAGCUGAAACAUCAGUAACACCGUCUCCAAUUACAGCCGAACCUUCAAACACAUCAUCUGCUGUCACUGAUCAACCUUCAGUAUCCAGCUCUACUGUUACAGUGGCUGCAACAUCAGUUCCAUCACAGUCUACUACUCAUAUACCUGAACUUACUUCAGAAAAUACAGCUAGCCCUUCGGAAUCAACACCUGUUACAACAAGUAAACCUUCAGUGCCUAGUUCUACUACUACAGAACCUGAAUCAUCAGUAAUAUCGCAAUCAACAGAGUACGUGACUGACUCGAGUCCUCAAAGUACCACUGGAUCUUCAGAAUUAACAUCGGUAACAACAGGAAACCCUACAGUACCUAGUUCUUCUAUAACCGAAUCAACAUCACACACUACAACAUUUUCUCCUACAUCAACUCUUCAAACUUCAUCUAGUCCAGAUAAAACUACUAACCAAUCUACAAUGCCUACAACACAAUCUACUGAAUCGUCGACUUUUUUAACAUCAUCAAUAACUCACAACAGCACAAAUACCCCGGCAAUAAUCACCACCAAUCAAACGGAAAUCACCACCACAACCACCACCACAACCAACAUCACCAUUCCAACUCAAAUCACAACCAGUCAAACGGAAACAACCACAAUUCAAAUCACCACCAAUCCCACCAUAAUCACCACCGAUGAUUUUAAUUCAAACGAAACAACAUCUUUCCUACCUACCCCACUUCCUGAAUGUACAUCCAAUGUAUCUGGAAUUUUAUAUCCUCAUGAAUCAAAUUGCUCAUUAUUCUAUGAAUGCAAUCAUGGAGACCUAGUUUUACUCGACUGUCCCGAAGGACUUUAUUUCAAUGCAUCUCGUCAAAUUUGCGUCUGGCCUCAUGAAACAAAUUGUCAGCAAUUAUCAUCAUCAAAUUCUUCAACCACAGUUUCUGCAAUUUUAUCAACAACUGAAACACCAUCAGCGAAUAUUUCUAUCUUAUGCCCUGCUGACAAUUCAAAGGAUGGAGUAUUGUAUCCUCACGAGUGUGUAUGUAGCAAAUUCUACACCUGUACUAAUGGACAACUCGUUCUAAGUCAAUGUCCAACCGGUUUAGAUUUUAAUCCUAGAUUAGAUACUUGCGACUGGCCAGAAAAUGCUAAAUGCCAGCUGUCUUUAUCCUCAUCUCAUGUAUCUUCAACAACUGAAUCCCUAACGACAAAUAUUCCUGUCGAAUCAGCUAAACCCAUUGUACAAAAUUCAACACAAUCAGACAAUUUAGUUGAUCAAUCUUCAGUGUCAACAAGUAUUCCAGUUGAAAUUAUCAAACCUAUUAAACCAAACUCAACACACUCGAAUACUUUCAUCGACCAAUCUUCAGUAUCUAAAUCUGAAUGUCCAGAAGAUGGAUCAGAUUCACAAAUUCCUCACGAAACUAAUUGUCGUCUUUACUAUGAAUGUAAAGAUGGCGAGAAAUUAUUGAAAGAAUGUUCAUCGGGAUUAGAAUUCAAUCCGCUGCUCCAAGUUUGUGAUUGGCCGGAAUAUGCUGGGUGUUCACAGCCUCAAAGUACUCAAGGAACUACCACAGAAAAAAUUGUAACUUCUGCACCAGUAGUUGAAUCUACUACACCAAUAAUUCAAUCGUCUACACAAAAAAAUGAAACUUCUACGCCGAAAAUUCAAAGUUCUACGCCAGAGUUUGAAACUUCUACAUCGAUAGCUGAAACUUCUACUCCAUCAUCAGAAAAAUGUUUAAGACCAUGUCCAGAAAAUGACCCAAUCGAUUAUACAGUUUUAGUUGAAAAUGAAAAUUGCUCGAAAUUUUGCAAAUGCAGUCAUGGAAUCCCUUACGUAUUAAACUGUCCCCCGGGUCUUUAUUUCGAUUCAUUACAACAAACAUGCGAUUAUCCGGAAAGAGCUAAUUGUAUAACAGUAAUUAUCACAAUUAUUUUUGGGAUCAUCGCAUUGGGAUCGACAAUUAAAACGACUACCGAAAAUAAUUGUAUUGGAAAAUGUCCUGAUGAAAAUUUUCUGAAUGCGUCAAUAUUAUUGGCGCACGUUAAUUGCACAAAAUAUUGUCACUGCAAUCAAGGAAAGGCUAUUGUUAAAAAUUGUGAAUCAAAUUUGAUGUUCAAUUUUUGUGAUGGAAUUUGUGACAAGCCAAAAAAUGUUAAAUGCCGUUCUGAUCAAAUAGGCAGCGAUGGUACUCCAAAUUCAAAAGAUGACCAAAUGCUGUGGACAAUUGUUGUUUUAAAUGGAAUUGCAUCUGCCUCCGAAAUCGAUUAUUUACAACUGAAUGAUCCAUUUAAUUCAGUGAACAAAAUUGACCAAAUAGCAUACGAUUGUUAUGGUGAAUGCCCAAGAAAUGAGUUGAGAAAAGUUUUUUUACUCGCUAAUCAAGAUAAAACAAAAUAUUGUCGUUGCAUAUAUGGAUUACCCUAUCUUCGAAAGUGUCAUUCAAAUUGGGUUUUUAGUCUAGAAGAAGCUGAAUGUAUUGAUCCAUCAAAAUCUAUAAGUACCAACAAUUUAACUGGUUUCAUUAAAUCGUUAUGGAAAAAAACAUCGUCAGUAUUUGACAGUAGAGAUAAUAGUUUAUCGGCAUCAGUCCAAAGAAUAAAUGAUGGGAGCAGAUGUAUAGGUAAAUGUUCAAAAGACAUUGCACAUGUAGCUAUGUUACUCGCUCACGAAGAUUGUUCUAAAUUUUGCCAAUGUAAAAACGGCCAUAUAAAUGUUAAAACAUGUCGAGAUAAUAUGGAAUUUGAUUAUCAAGAAGCAAGUUGUGUCCCGCAUGGAACAGCACAUUGUAAAAGUGAGUCUACAAAACCUGUGCCGUCUUAUAAUUGCAUUGGAACAUGCCCGCACGAUCUUUCGGGCGUAGCAACUUUAUUAGCUCACGAUGACUGUCUGAAAUACUGUGUCUGUAAAAAAGGAAUACCAUAUAUUAGAGAUUGCCCUCCUGGCUAUCAUUUUGAUUUUAACGGCGCACAGUGUUUAGAACCAGAGGUUGCUAAGUGCGAUCGGUUAAAUGGCAUCGUAUCCAAUACUGUCGAUUGCAUCGGUACUUGUACAAACGCCACAGAUGUCAACAAAGUUUGCUUACUAGCUCACAAAGAUUGUCACAAAUAUUGUGUGUGCAAAAAUCUUAAUGUAACUGUCCACGUUUGUGAAAAUAACUUAUACUUUCAUUUAAAAACGCAACGUUGUACUAGUAAAGAAGAAGCUGGAUGUCUAGAACCACUACCACCACCAACAUCAACACCACCACCACCACCACCACCACCGGGAUGCCUUGGUGUCUGUCCAACAGAACCCAUUGCAAAUGCAACAUGCUCAACUCCACAUACCGAUUGUACUAAGUACUGUUUGUGUGAUAAUGGAAAUUCUAUUGUAAAAGAUUGUCCGAAAGGUCUUCAUUUUAGUGUUAAAGAGGGUAUUUGCGUUGAUCCAAAAAUAGCUGAGUGUGAAGUUCCUGAACCACCGAAUGAAGGUUGUCUGUCUUUAGAAUGUGAUGCAGAUCCAAAUAAAGCAUGUAUUAUUAAACAUUCAAAUUGUACUAAAUAUUGUAUAUGUUAUAAUGGAACAAUAACAAUUAAUCCCUGUCCUAACGGAGAACAUUAUAAUUUUGAAUCACGUAAAUGUGAUAAGCCCGAAAAUGCUGGUUGUGAUAAUUCAAUUACACCAAUUCCACCACUCACUUGCGAUCAACAUACAUGCAGUUUAAAUUCAAAAUGCCUAUGGCCCACUAAUGAAUGCACACAAUACUGCGAUUGUCGCAAUGGUGUGACAACUAUUGAAAAUUGUCCACAGAAUUUGCAUUUCAAUCCUAUAAGUGGGAUAUGUCAAGAUCCGUUAAUUGCUGGAUGUGGAAGUUCAAUACCAACCAUUCCAAGUCCACCGAUUCCAGUAUUAAUAGGAUGCUUAGAGGAAUGCAAAGCUGACAAUGAUCCUGAAAAAAUUUGUUUCCAACCCAACGAAGAUUGUAAAAAAUAUUGUACCUGUCGCAAUGGUACAAAAAUGGCUUAUGAUUGUCCAAAGGGCUUACAUUUCAGCAAAGACAAAAAAGAAUGUGUUGAUCCAGCAAUUGCAGGAUGUGUACCUUACAAUUGUAUCGGACAAUGUCCUAAUUAUGAUUCCGCGGCUUGUUUGCUUAUGCACGGUGACUGUACAAAAUAUUGUCACUGUAUUCGUGGUGCGCCAAUUGUUAAAAACUGCGAUUCAGGUCAUUUCAGUUUGGACCUUGCACGUUGUGAUAAUCCAAACGUAGUUAAAUGUGAUCGUAUUAAUGGCACUGUUAAUUCUCAUUGGUCUUCUUGGCGAUCAAAUAAAAUCACAAGUAAUCGAAUUCACAAUCGAUAUGCAAAAAAAAUUAUUUCGGAAAAUUGUAUUGGAAAUUGUCCUCAAGAAGAUAUUACAGACGUUGCAGUUGUUUUGCCGCACAAAAAUUGUUCAAAAUAUUGUCAUUGUAUUAAUAGACGUGCGUACGCGGAAUCAUGUCCAAGUGAUUUACGCUUCAGUGUACACAAUGCCACGUGUAUAAGCCCACAAUAUGUAGAAUGCAACAUUAUGAUAGCAUCAACGACGGUAUUGAUUAUAGUAACAUCACAACCAAUAGACAGCAAUCGAUGUAUGGGAAAAUGUCCGCUGUCAAAUAAUCGAUUCGAUAAUCCAACUCUACUAGCACACGAAGAUUGCACAAAGUAUUGCUUCUGUCAAAAUGGAUGUCCAACGGUUAAAACAUGUCCAGAACGUUUCCAUUUCAGUUGGGACGAGCGGAUGUGCUUGCCCAUUGGUGUAGCCAAGUGUGACGAUCGUAUUAAUUGCUUAAGAAAGUGCCCAUUUGAACAUGAUGAAAAAAGUGUAUUAUUAUAUGCCCAUGAGAACCGCGGUAAAUAUUGUCACUGUCAUGAAUGGGGUAUAGUGACUGUAGAAAACUGUCCAGAGUCUUUAAUAUUUGACCCAGGGUAUGGUUUUUGUAAAGCUAUUGAAGAUUGUAAUAAUACGAUUACUCAAAAACCACAUAUAUGGACUUUAUGGCCAAACUUAUCAACAUCAACCGUAGCACCUAAAAAUGACGUUUCAACAACACCAUUAGACAUCUCAGUGACUGUACCACCUGUAGAUGAUGAACCAAAAACUCCAGUAUAUCACCCAGCGCAUUCAACUUCAACAUUAGCACCUAAAAAUGACGUUUCAACAACACCAUUAGACAUCUCAGUGACUGUACCACCUGUAGAUGAUGAACCAAAAACUCCAGUAUAUCACCCAGCGCAUUCAACUUCAACAUUAGCACCUAAAAAUGACGUUUCAACAACACCAUUAGACAUGUCAGUGACUGUACCACCUGUGGAUGAUGAACCAAAAACUCCAGUAUAUCACCCAGCGCAUUCAACUUCAACAUUAGCACCUAAAAAUGACGUUUCAACAACACCAUUAGACAUGUCAGUGACUGUACCACCUGUGGAUGAUGAACCAAAAACUCCAGUAUAUCACCCAGCGCAUUCAACUUCAACAUUAGCACCUAAAAAUGACGUUUCAACAACACCAUUAGACAUUUCAGUGACUGUACCACCUGUAGAUGAUAAUCUAAGAACCCCAGCAUAUCACCCGAAGCAUUCAACUUCAACAUUAGCACCGAAAAAUGACGAUUCAACAACACCAUUAGACCUUUCAGUGACCGUACCACCUGUAGAUGAUGAACCAACGACUCCAGGAUGUCCUCAUAAGCAUUCAACUUCAACAUUAGCACCUAAUAAUCAUGGAUCAUCAACAGAAACUAAAAAUUGCAGCUGUCCAGAAACACCGAAAACGAUUAAAAUAUCAAAUGGUGUUGAUGGUUGCAUCGGUUACUGUCCACCAGAAAAUGAUCGUAGCUACACAGAACACUUACCUCAUGGAAUUUGUAAACUUUAUUGUAAAUGUGACUGGGGUAUACCUACUGUCAUGGAGUGUCCAAAGAAAUUACAUUUCAACCGUAAUCUUAAAAUAUGCGACUAUCCCGAAGACGCUAAGUGCUCUGGAAUAGGAGGAUUUAACAGAUUCUCAACGAUACAAUUUUUGUUUGUUGGAUUUAUUUGUGGAAUAACUGCAGCAUCGGAAGUGUGUAUUGGUAAAUGUCCUGUACAAUCAUCAUUAAAUGGUUCAGUAAUAUUUUUGCCGAAUGUUAAUUGUUCGAAAUAUUGUGUCUGUGAUCAUGGACGACCUAUUGAAAUGCCAUGUCCAGCAAAUUUACAUUUUUCCACUGAAAAUAAUACUUGUGCUGAUCCAGAACAAGCUAACUGCAUUGAUGUCACACCAAUAACUAAUCCAACAUCUGAAGAAUCAGAGCAAGAAUACGAUAAUUUUUUAAAUUAUUUACAUAACUUUGAAUCUAACAAUUCAUUUAAAUUUAAUUCAAAACCAGGAAUUCGUUACAACACUUAUUGUGCAAAUCCAACAGUCGACUGUCGUGACAAACCUCUAAGUUGUAUUGGAAAGUGUCCUACUGAUCAUCCACAACAAAUUUAUUUGCUUGCACAUGAAGACUGUACUAAAUAUUGUAUAUGCCAAAAUUAUAUGCCAGUAACCAAAUUAUGUUCUCAAGAUCUUCAUUUUAGUAUUGACGAUGCAAUGUGCUUGGAACCAGAGAAGGCUCUGUGUGACGGUGUUAAUGGUUAUAUAACAACAACAACAACAACAACAACAACAACUCCCUCACCAUCUUAUAAAUGUACAAGCGAAUGUCCAUUUUACGAUAAUCCAGACUUGAUUAUUUUAGUGGCACACGAAAUUUGUGGAAAGUAUUGUCAUUGUAAAAAUGGGAUUGGUGAGCCAAAAGAUUGCCCAUUAAAUUCACAUUUCAGUUUAUUGCAUGGUACAUGUGUUGAUCCUGAUAUUGCCCAAUGUCCUUAUGCUAAUGGUAUUGAAAAACCUACACCAGUAACACCGGAAUCAGAAACACCAGCAACACCGGAAUCAGAAACACCAGCCACACCGAAACCAGUUACACCAGCGACACCGGAACCAGUUAUGCCAGUAACUCCGGAACCAGACAAAUCAGGUUGUAUUGGGACAUGCCCAUCGUAUAAUAAUCCAACUUAUACAGCUCAAUUGCCUCAUGAAGACUGCAAUAAAUUUUGUAAAUGUGAUUGGGGACAACCAGUUGUAUUGGAUUGCCCACCAUCUCUUUUUUACAACCCAAAUCUUUUAGUCUGUGAUUAUCCCUAUGCAGCAGGAUGUACAGGAAAUAUUCAAAAUUUUGAUACUUAUGACAUGAUGAAAAAAUUUAAUAUCAACGAAAACUACCGUAAAGAAAACGUCUCAUCAGCAGACUGUGUUAAACCAUGUCCAUUGACCAAUCCACCCAACAGCACAGUCCACGUGGCUCAUAAAAACUGUACGAAAUUCUGCAAAUGUUCUUACGGAACUGCUUGGGUGAUGGACUGCCCAAAAAAUUUGUAUUUUAAUCCCAAAGAACAAGUCUGUGAUUUCAAAUUCAAUGUCCACUGCAAUGAAAAUGGACCUUGGGUCGACGAGAAAAAAAUAAAUAAAGAGACUAUGAUCAAUAAAUUGGAUACUGAUGAUGACGAAAAUUCAAUUUGGAGAAAAUUUAAACGCCUAUUACGUUAUUAAUAUCAAGCAUAAUAAUAACAGCAAGCAAACAUAAUAAGGUAUUUCCAUCACCUGUUGCUUAGCAUUAUUCAUUAAAUUUUUCUAAAAAUAUUUAAAUGUACAACUUAUGUCUAUAUUUAUAACAGUAGGCAUUAGACUGACAUUUUUAUGAGUCUCGGAAACCCGGAAGCCAAUAACGUAAUUUUAUUAUUGAGUUAUAAACGCAGCCUUCGAAAAUUAAUUUUUAAUGUCAUUGUAUUCAACUAAAUUUACUUAGUUAGUAAUAAAACUUAUUGUUUUUUUUUUUUUUAUUUUUAAUGAUUAAUUAUUAUUAAAGUGUGUAUUAUAUUAUUAUUAUUAUUAUAAAUAGUAAUAGUUAAGAGUGUACAAUAUAUUAUGAUCUUAUGGUACGAUUAAUAAAG